CACGACUCUUCUCACAGCUGCCAGCAUGUCAGAACGAAUUGCUGUUGAUCUAGAUUACGACUCUGCUAUCGGAAUACCACUCGACGACUCGUUGAAUUUAUCACUUCGAUCCAGCCUGCUCCAUUUCGCGCAAGAAAACGGACGGACUUACCACAGGUUAAGUGAAGGGAAGUAUGCCUACCCAAAUGACGAUGUGAGCUCAUCAUGAAACAAACUGAGUGCUUGCUCUGACUGCAUUGGAGAUCGAAAACGAUAGACUCGAUCUGCAAGAUGGCAUGUAUAUCAUUACGCUUGACGGGAAGAGGGCAUUGAAUCCAGGAGCCGAUACUGCCAAACGAGUUUUAGAUAUGGGUACCGGAACAGGGAUCUGGGCAUUGGAAUUUGCUGAGGAACACCCAGCUGCCGAAGUGAUCGGCGUUGAUCUGAGUCCUAUCCAACCUCCUUUCGUACCACCGAACUGCAGUUUCGAGAUCGACGACCUUGAGAAAGAGUGGACAUGGACGACACCAUUUGACUUUAUUUUCUCCCGCAUGAUGACAGGAAGCUUCUCCGACCCAGAAACGAUAGCAAAAAAGGCAUUGAAUGGUCUAAACCCCGGUGGCUGGUAUGAGAUCCAGGAUAUCCAACUCCCCGUCUUCUGCGACGAUGGGACUCUCGACCCCAAAACCUCUCCACUGAUGAAGUGGCAAGAAUGCCUUAUCGAAGGCUCUCGUAGACUUGGUCGGCCACUUGGCGAGUCUGACAAGUAUAAAGCCCUCAUCAAGAAAGUCGGCUUUCAUAAUGUCGUGGAAACUGUUUACAAAUGGCCUACCAACAGCUGGCCCAAAGACCCAAAACUCAGGGAACUUGGGAAAUGGAACCUCAUCAACUUUGAAUCAGGACUUGAGGGCGUAAGUCUAGCUUUGUUCACCAGGAUGCUCGGUUGGUCAAAAGAUGAAGUGCUGUCUCUUUGUGCGGAUGUGAGGAAUGAAUUGAGGAAUCCGAAGGUGCAUGGGUACUGGAAGAUCUAUGUGGUCUAUGGCCAGAAGCCGGAGAAGGAGGCAGCUUGGUAGAAGGAAAAUUAGCCUUGAGCUUGUGCGGUGUCGACUAUACGAUAGCCAAUGCCUUUUCUAUUUGGCGUGUAGGAUAGUGGGGCCUCUGCUUUUUAUUCAGUUCAAAGGUCUAGGUCAAUUGACUUGUCUUGUCACGCUGAAAAACAUGUUACGUGGAAGACGAGCAAGGAGUCUGUUCCAUGAGACCAUCUCAAUGUCGCCAUUUCGCAGACUACGCUAGAACCCAGGAUCAUGGGCUGACCACAAAGGGUUUCGAAGCCAUUCCGCCUAAGUUUAAUUCCUGUCACGAGCAAAAACACAACAUACGACUGAUCAG